AUGGAAGACUAUGCAAAUGAGAGUACUGCCAGUAAUGCCAGUGAAGCACCCUCCUCUGCGCCGUGCCACCGAGACACCACAGUCACCCACCUGGUCUUCCCAGUACUCUACACGCUUGUCUUCCUCCUGGGACUGGUCCUGAACAGCCUGGCUUUCUGGGCUUUCUUCCAUAUUCCAAGCACAUCAACUUUCAUUGUCUAUCUGAAGAAUAUCUUAGUUUCUGAUUUUAUAAUGACCCUGAUGCUCCCUCUGAAAAUCCUGACAGACUCUGGUCUGGGACCAUGGCAACUCAAAGCCUUUGUCUGUCGCUUCUCAGCUGUAGUGUUCUACAACACCAUGUAUAUCAGCAUAGUGCUACUUGGUCUCAUUGCUUUUGACAGAUUUCUCAAAAUUGUGAGACCUUUCGGGAAGUAUUGGGUUCAAAACCUGACCUCAGCAAAGAUCCUUGCUGGUCUGGUCUGGCUCUUCUUUUCUGUCCUCUCUCUGCCUAAUAUGAUCUUCUCAAACAAGAAAACAACGCCUCAAUCCGUGAAGAAAUGUGCUUCACUGAAGAGCUACUUUGGACUCAAAUGGCAUGAAGCUGUCAAUUAUAUCUGUCAGUUUGUCUUCUGGACUGUUCUCAUCCUCAUGUUUCUAUUUUACAUAGUCAUUGCCAAAAAGGUCUACGAGUCUUAUAUAAAAACAAAGAAGAAAAACAGCAAAAGCAAACAAAGGAUCAAGGGGAAAGUAUUCAUCAUUUUUACCGUGUUCUUCUUAUGCUUCGCCCCCUUCCAUUUCACCAGGGUCCCCUACACCCUGAGCCAAACGACCACGCGCAUGAACUGCCGCCUGCAGAACCAGCUCUUUGUGGCAAAAGAAAGCACUCUGUGGCUGGCUGCCACCAACGUCUGCAUGGACCCCCUGAUAUACAUGUUCCUGUGCAAACCCUUUGUAGAAAAGCUGCUGUGCAGGAGAGUCAAGACGUGUCAGAAAGCAGUUAAUGCAAAAACAAAACCUGAGCCGGACACACAAACGCUAUCGAAUCUUGAUUCUGCAGCUUCACGCUCUACAGUCUCUGCGCAUUCAUAG